AUGGCGGCCACUUCAUGCCCGAUCGAACCAGACACCGCAUUCCGAGAUUCAGGGAUUGGGAUGCUACCCACGGAGAAUACCAGUGGGCAUGUCCCAAAAGACUCAGUCGACGAACCCAAAGUGACGAAUGGCUGCACUGAGACGAAUAGAUCCAAAGAUGCCGAAACCCAGCAGUCUGCUGAGAUAAUAUAUGAGAUUCGCUACCAGAGUUUAUCAGGGGAGCAUCUGCACAGCCGGCCGUUACAAAAGCGGGCUCACGAGUUUGAACAGCCUGUUUCGGUUCAAUCACCGGUAAUGAAGGUCGUCGAUGUUCGAAGUACCUGGCUCGAGAUUGGUGCCCCGGAAUUUUCAGGUAACAAGACUGCCGACACCAAAGACGCCUCACAGCAAUCGGCAGCAGCCCAGGAUAAGCUCAAAAGCGAGGCGAAUAUAAAGCUCCCGCCUUUUGAGUCCCGCCUUGGGUCUUACAUCGAGAUUACGUCGCCCGCGGUGUUGGAAGCUCUGCGAUGCGUUAUCGACUACGCACCAGGGUACGAACUGGGAGCAAGGAACGUCCGGAUCAACUGGCCGUACUCACUCCUAGUCCACUACGACGAUGCUCUGGCCAAGUACCAGGAGAAAUUUGCGACUCCCGAUUGCACUGGCGUGGCUUGCCCGGGCAAGUACGCCAACAACCAUAUCAGCGUGGUCAGGAACUUUGUAAAUGACGCAGUUGGCACGGCAAUCGAGGACGAGCGCAGGCGACACGAGAGGGGCAUGGCUACAUUCGACAUGCUAUGGCUUCUUCUCCGACCUGGAGCCGAUAUGCUGUUUGACGAAAACAUCAUAGGCGAGUACCAGCCAUAUGUAAUGGGGUCAAUGAGAUGUGUUGUUUGCGACGGGACGAUUCGAUCCUACGUCGUCACCCUCUGGAACAUGAGAGCCAAUUCAUUAUACAUUGGUCCCAGUUACGACACGUUGACAAUCGAGCCGUUUGCCGGGGAAAAGAAGAUCAGUUCCCUGCCCGUCUAUCCGUUUGAAUUCCGCACCAAGAACAGAGUCUGGGGCGAAAAGGAAGACGCCAGGCAGUAUUUCGAGGAGAGGGGUAAAGUGUUCUUCCAGCUGAGGCGGCAGGGUUGCUGGGACUUUCGCGGAUACACUACUACAUUUCCGCGGCGGCCGAUUGAGGGACUGGUGAUAUCAGAUCCCGACCGCUAUGUUGCCCAAGAAGGUGUCGACGAGGCCACUCUUGCAUUGAACUUUGAGACGGACCACGAGCUGUUGUUUGACCGUCAGUGUUGCGAAAACUGCCGCACAAUCAUCAGCUCGCAGCGCAAACCAUACAAGUUCAGCGGCUACUCCAACAUCAAUCCCCUUAAUGUAUCAGGGCUUUCAGAUCACCAAUACUUUCUUUGUAAUCGCAGCACCCAUGCCUAUGUACUCAAACAACGCAACUGGAGUGACCUGGACGUUUCUGGAUUCCGCCCAGCCCAUUACGACAAGUCUAUCCUGGACACGCUGGUCAUGGCCGAACCGCACGUCAAGCAGCUGAUCCGCAGUCUGACGCACAAAUACCUCGUCGGACUGCAAGCCGAAGCCGAGCGAGAAGCAAAGUUCAACGAAAAAGCCGCGGAUACGAACGAAUCAGUCUCGAAAAAGACAUGGUCGCCCGACUUUGUCAAGGGCAAAGGCGAAGGCCUGAUUUUCCUCUUGCACGGAAAACCAGGCGUGGGCAAAACCUACACAGCAGAAUGCAUUGCCGCCAACGCCGGCCGCCCUCUCCUCACCAUCACAUGCGCCGACAUUGGCACGGAUCCACAGGAAAUCGAAGAAAAACUCAUGGUCUUCUUCAAGCACGCCAAAGCAUGGAACGCCAUCCUGCUCAUCGACGAAGCCGACAUCUUCAUGGAGCACCGGCGCGUCCAGGAUCUCGAGCGCAACAGCCUCGUCGCGGGCUUCUUACGCGCAAUGGAAUACUAUCAGGGCAUUCUCUUCCUGACUACAAACCGAGUCGGCAUGUUUGACGAGGCUUUUAUAUCCAGAAUCAAUCUUACCAUUUACUACCCCCCGUUUACCGACAAGGCGCGGCUCGAGGUCUGGGAGUCGUUUUUCAAUAAGCUGGAGCGCGAGCGCGAGGGCGAAAUUAGAGUGCAUAAUAACACGCGCGACUAUGUCGAGGAGUCGGAGGAUCUCAAGCGGCUGCAGUGGAAUGGACGGGAAAUCCGGAAUGCCUUCCAAAUCGCUGUCUCGCUCGCUGAAACCGAAGCCGAAAAAGACUCUAGAGGCCGCAUUGUCAUCAAGAAAGAGCAUAUCCAGGAAACAGUCAACAUGUCCAAGUCGUUCAAGAAGUAUCUCAAGGACCUGUACCACAAGGAUGAAGAUGCGAUUGCGGCGCUGAGGGGGAACCGGAACGACUCGAGCCAUAACGUUACGAAGUCGAAUGAAAAGGGAUACCGUUGAUAGGGAGAAAAGCUAGUGGUUUCUUGAAGAAGGCGUCUUGGUCAGGGUUGUGAGUGAUUUUGAGGAUGCACAGCGCUGUACCUUGUAUACAAAAUCAGCAGGCAUUGUUUUACACAAUAAACAUUUUGAACGGC